GGAGCGUUCUAAAAUGCAGAUGAAGGACCUCCAGCAGCAGCUCUCCGAGAUGCACGAUGAACUGGACCAAUCCAAGAAGGCAGAAAUGAUAAAUGCGGAGAAAGAAGUCCUUCUGAAGGAUAUGGCCCAGCUGCGUGCAGACUUUCAGGAGAUGCUCUCGGUGAAGGAGGAGCAUGAGGAGCUUCUCCAGCAGCAGGAGAAAGAGCUCAGCGACUUGAAGGGCGCCAUCAAAGAUGAAGUGGAGACCCACGAUAAAUACAUUGCCGCUCUGAAGGAAGAAUACGAAUUUGAACUUCGGCAUCUGCUGAGAGAUUUGGAGAAGACGAGAGAGAGCAACGGUGUGCUGGGCCGAGAAAAAGUGGAGGCGUUGGAGGAGGGCGGUGCAGCCAAGGAGAAGAUGCAGGAGCUGAGUCAGCAAAGAGAUCAACUCAAGGCAAAAGUGCAGGAGCUGGGCAGCAAGGUGGAUCAGCUAAGCCGAGCCGUUCAGGAGUCGAAAGGGUCGGAGAGACUGCAGGAGCAACGAGUGAAGCAGCUCGAGGUUCGUUGGCGGAUUUAAA